AAAUCAGGGCAAAAGUCAAAUCAAACUUUGAAACCAUGGCGUCCACUUUACUGUGUCGGGUGUCGUCAAUAUUUAAAACUGAUUUAACCUUGCCGUUGAAGAGUCUUGUCUACAGACGGUUGUUCAGCAGUGGGACCAGGGCAUUGAGUGAGACUGGACCCUCCCAGGCUAAAUUCUUUCCUGCAAAUGAGGGAUCAAUGCUGCUCCCUGGGACUUACAAAGGCAAAGUGGCCUUUAUCACAGGAGGAGGAACGGGGUUGGGAAAAGGCAUGACCACAACACUUUCAGCGCUAGGGGCAGAGUGUGUCAUCGCUAGCAGAAAACUGGAUGUUUUGAAAAAGACUGCAGAGGAAAUUACAGCUCAGACAGGAAAUAAGGUCCAUGCUGUGCAGUGUGAUGUUAGAGACCCCAAGUCAAUUGAAGCUGCUGUGGACCAACUGGUAGAGGUUGCUGGUCUCCCUGAUGUGGUGAUCAACAACGCUGCAGGGAACUUCAUCUCCCCGUCAGAGAAGCUGUCUGCCAACGCAUGGAGGACCAUCACAGACAUCGUCCUGAACGGCACGGCCUUCGUCACCCUGGAACUGGGCAAGAGGCUGAUACUGGCCGAGAAGGGUGCUGCGUUUCUGGCCAUCACCACCAUCUAUGCAGAGACCGGCUCUGGAUUUGUGGUUCCUAGCGCGGCUGCCAAGGCAGGAGUGGAAACUCUGUGCAUGUCUCUGGCUGCGGAGUGGGGGAGGUACGGCUUGAGGUUUAAUGUCAUCCAGCCAGGACCAAUCAGAACCAAGGGGGCCUUCAGUCGUCUCGAUCCCACGGGCAUGUUUGAGAAGGCCAUGAUCGGCAGGAUACCCGUGGGCAGGCUGGGCACGCCCGGAGAGAUUGCCAACCUGGCAGCCUACCUGUGCAGUGACUAUGCCUGCUGGGUGUCUGGAGCGAUCAUUCGGAUGGACGGUGGAGAGUAUGUCUCCAUGGCAGGAGAAUUCAAUGAUCUAAGGAGGGUCACUAAGGAGCAGUGGGCUAUGAUGGAGACCAUGAUCAGGGGCACCAAGGGAUCCUAAGAAGUCAAGAUGGGAACACGAUACUUCCUGGGCAGCAGGUAGCCUAGUGGUUAGAGUGUUGGACUAGUAACUGAAAGGUUGCAAGAUUGAAUCCCUGAGCU